CCCUUGCCAGUCACAGCAGAACAGGUCAAACGAGAAACACAGAGAGAUCCUCUAUUGGUGAAGGUCCAUGGGUUAGUUAUGAAAGGAUGGUCCACUCCACAAGAUGAAGCGAUUAAACCGUUUUACCAGCGGAAAGACGAACUGACAAUUCACUGUGGUGUCCUAAUGCUUGGACACAGAGCAGUCAUUCCUGCAAAGUUGCGUAAUCAAGUGUUAACCGAGCUUCACGAAGGUCACCUCGGUAUUGUUAAAAUGAAGUCUCUGGCGCGAAGUUACAUCUGGUGGCCCAAAAUUGAUAAGGACAUUGAGCACCUAGCCAAGAGCUGCCCUGGUUGUCAACUUCAACAGAAUGAAGCCGGCAAAGUACCACUGCACCCUUAG